AUGCGCCGCAGGGGGACCGUCCGGCCGCAGGGGCUCAUCCCCAGUGUCCUCAGUCACUCGGGCCCGGGGUUGCUCCCCCGCAGCCAUCAGGUGUCUCCUUCCCCCCACGGCACUGCCGCCGUGUUCGCCGCCGCCAUCCUCGGUGCCGUGAAUAUCCUGUAUGAUUGUGUCUGGUGA